AAACAAUGAACCGAUGCUCUGCAUCAGUCUUUUUCAUGCAUGCACAUUCCAGAUAAGGACUUGUCGAUUGCAUCCUUGCCGAGUGCACGCCGGACUGAGACUUUGUUAGUUGGGUUUGGUGUGAGUGUGAGUGUGCACCAAGAGAUGCACUUCCCACUGCUGCCUAUGACAGUGAAAAGAGACGGAAGUGGGAUAUCCUCUCCGUUCAUUGGGCGUGUUUGUGUUCGCCGGCAUGCGAGUGCUUCAGGCAGCAUUCCGAUCACAUGACCGUCAAAGACUUGUAAAAACUGGACUUUCUACUUUUUGUAAUCGAUUGCCUCCUCGAUACAGUGACAGCUGGGUGGAGUGAAGCUGUUACUUUUAUACAGCUGGGUCUAAAACAGGGAAAAGGAGCGUCUUUCUUCUGGAUCAGAAGAACACACAGAUCACAGGAAGAGGCUUUGUGUGGGAGGGAGCGUCGGACUGACUGCAGGAGGAGCCUUCGAGAGGCGAGGCAGCCACAGGGAGGGGCCCAGACAGAGAAUCACUGCAGGCUCUCAACCUCUUCCCUCUCCGUCUUUCCCCUUCGCUUGAUUUCUCGCCGGAGUGUGAAACCCCCCCCCGUUGGCGCCAUGGAUAACUUCCAGCCCGUUCUGCGUUUCAUCAUGAACCAGAAGGCCACCAUCGGCUACAGCUUCAUGGCUCUGCUGACCAUAGGCGGGGAGCGAGUCUUCUCCAUGGUUUCCUUUCAGUGCCCCUGCAACCGCAACCAGAACUUUGCCUACGGGCUGACGUUCCUGCUGGGCCCGGCGGCGGUGCUGCUGGUUUUAGGCCUCUUCUUCAGCACCGGGUUGUGGAGGCUCUACACCGGCUGCUGCCUCAAUCCCAUGAAGCUGUGUCCCCGGGGGAAAUGUUUUGGCUGCCUCAGGGCGUUCAUCAGCAUCUUCACGGGGGCUUGCGUGGCCCCUGUGAUGUGGCUCUCGGUGGCCCUGCUCAACGGCACCUUUUACGAGUGUGCCAUCAGCGGCCUUAACGAUAACGUGGUGGUGGACAUGUUCUGUAAAAACAAGACCUCGACGUGUCAGCGGGAGCUGGCCCAAGUGCCCUGCAGCCGGUCCAAACUGUCCGAGAACGAGCGCAUGGAGCUGCUGCUGAUGUUCAGGGCCCAGUCACAGAUCCUGGGCUGGUGUAUCAUCAUCGUUGCUGCGUUCGGGGGCCUCAUCGGUACCUGCUGCACAAACUGCCGCUCCAAGGUCAGCUACCUCCAGCUCACGUUCUGGAAGCGCUACGUGGAGAAGGAGAAGGACUGCUUCGACAGGUUCGCGAUGGACUACGCCGCCAAGCUGGCCGAGAGAAACCUGCAGAGCUUCUUUGAGAACAAGGACCCCGAGCCGUUCCCCUUCCCCAGCCACAAGGCGUGGGAGGAGAUCUCGGCCCACUACACCUUCUCCAGGAGCGAGCAGUGUUACAGCACCCUGCAGCAGUACGUGGAGAGGAGCACCAGGGACUUCGCACCGGAGAAGAAACCCGUAUUGGUCCUGGAGCAUGAAACAGAGAUGCUUUGACAGAGGGAAAACUGUUGCUGUUAACUCGGACUGGAACAGCUGUUACUCCGAAGUAUUUACCCAAAUGCAAUGGUACAUCUUUCUCUCAGCACAUGGAAUAACAAAGGGCAUAAGCCCUGUUUUAUCCCAACGAGCCCUCCCUCUCCCUGUAACACUGCAUGUAGUCCACCCACUAACACACUGAUAGAAGCUGCACUCAGAAAACACAGAGACACAUUUAAACAGGGCGUGACAUUUCUAUUUUGUCAUUUUGCUAUUUAAAAAAAUAAAAAUAAAAAAUAAAAAAUAAAAAUAAAAAUAUAUAUAUAUAUAUAUAUUCUGACUUUUGACUCUCACAUCAGAACAGGAAAAAGUCCCCCAAAAAACUUGUGAUGAAUAAAGAAUAACAAAGGGAUGCAGAUAAA